AUGGUUGCUGAAGACACCAGCAGAGGCCCCAGCACUGGCUUACUAGCCAGUGUGGGAGCUUUGGCCCCAGUUGGAUGGGAGCAUGUGGAAGAUGUUUCACAGGAGAAGAUCAAUCCCAAGGAAGAUCUCUCUUUUCACUUUAGUGAUACGCUGCUUCUGCUGGCACUCGAUAUUAGCAUCUACGGCACGGCAGAGACAAAGCAAGCGCUGGGCUCGCCCCGGGCGAGCGUGGCCCGCGAGCACUGCCCGCGAGCGCACGGCAGCCGCCCAGCAGGCCCCGGCCACGCGGGAGGGGCCUCCGCACCUCCGACGUCCUCCUCCACCCGCCUACCCCGCACAUCCCUCCUCACUCUCCGCACCGUCCUCGCCCCUCCCCCGCUCCUUCUCCUCCACUGUUCACUCGCUCCUCACCCCGUCGCUUCCCCGCCCGGGGCUCGGGAGGCGGCGCCUGGUGAAUCACCGUCACGUGGGCCCCGGGUGCGCAAAGGCGGGCUGCGCCUCGGCGGCUCUGGCGCUCCGCGCCUUAGUGGAAAAUUCCCGGAGACCUACUGGGGCUGCGCGCCGGAGGCCCCGCCCGCCGUCGCUUCCCUCCUCGCUGCCCCCCUGCCCCCGUCUUCCGGCCGCGGCCCGGCCCCGCCACUGCAGAGGUUCCUUUCUCCCCCGGGAGCCGCGCUGCGCAAGCCCCGCCCGCUGCAGCCCCCGGGCUGGCGCCGCCCGCGCCGCUCGCCCUCGGGUUGGCAGCCCUCACUUCCUUCGCGCCCCUCCUUGGGGCUCCGAGCCGCGGCGCGGCCUUGCCCCCGGACCUUGUGUGUAGCCGGCUGGCAUCCUGAGAAGCCAGGAGCGGCGUCCUGGCGCCUCCGCCUUCGCCGCUGGGGCGCCGCAAGCCCCCUCAGUCCCGCCACCCCAGAUCCGCAUGACACGCCCUCCCCCCACCUCGGGUGGAGUGAAAGACAAAGGGAGAAGCCGGUUCCGAUGGGCGUCUUGUCUUCCACUCCACGCACUGCGUCGUCGCUCAAACAAAGCACGUACUCGGCUCGAUUUUUACUUACCCCUACUUAACCACCAGGCAAAUAAAAGUUAUUUUCCCUUUCCCAUAACAUUCCUCACUUGGUUUUUCCAACCACGAAUGAAAUUUAUUCCUGAGACAGCAACUUUGGAGAGUUAGUUGACCUCAUCCACCCAGGGGUGACAAAUGGCUACACAAUGACAUUAUUUCACUCAAAAGGGGUGUGUUAUGCGCGUGGUUCACCUCAAGAAAACAAAUAACGUUUAACGGUUUUAGCGACUGGUUGGUUCUGGACUGUCCUUUUGGGUGGAAGACACUGAAUGGGGUGGGGGGUUGAGAAGUGGUAUCAGCGCCAGUUGUCCCAAAAUGGGGUUACUUGGAACUGGAUGCAGGCGUCUUAAUCAGACACAGGGUGCCAAAGAUUUCAGCCAAAACUGGGAGUUUUACCUGAGUAAGGAUUCCAGAACCGAGCUCAGAUAGGCUUUUCAUCUAAGAACCAGAAUUACAGCUUAAUUCUUGAUUCUCAGUGAAAACUUGGCACGUUCUGAAUAACCUGGAAGCAUGUACGUGAGAAUUCACGUCUGCGAUUUUGUUUUCACAUUUCACUUUCCAAGCCACUUACUGCUAAUUAGCAGGUGUCAGUGAAAGAACUAUGGUCAAUAAAUCCUUCAUCUUUCUGCA